AUGAUCUUCGAACCUCAUCCUUCCGGUGAGGACUUACAUUCUGCUUACACUUUGGCCGAGCAUAAAAAACUGGAGGAAUGCGGCGGGAAGUUCAAAUUGAAAGGUUAUGCGCCCCAUAUCGGACUACUCUACGAGCCGUGUGAUGAGCGGACGCCAUGUCCUCCCCGAGUCAGCCUGUAUGCUAGGAUGGGCCUCCAUCGUUACAAUUUGUUGAAGGGUAGAAAGUUUGAGCUGAAUCGCGUGGACCAUUACGUUAAAUCAGUUGGUUCUGCUGCUAGCACUUACUUCAUGACUCUGUAUGCAAUGGAUAUGGAAGGAGGAGGAGCCUCUUUGCCGCCUGAAACUUGUUUUGAGAUUGCAGUAUCAGAAUAUAGCGCCAACUGUUUUAUUCUCUUCUGCUCUAUUGCAAGAAUUCAAGGGGAAGAAGACCAAACCAAACGUAGGAGAAAGGAUAAGGAUACUCGCUUGCCUGAGUGGCCCCCAGUGAAUCCUCUGUACGUGGUGGAGAAAUCAGAGGUACAAGAGAAUGAUGAGUGGAUUCGACUAUAUGUGGAACUUGCUGUUACCUUUGAUUUUCCUCCCAGUCGAGGAGAAGGCGACAUAGAGAUUCUCGACGUUUCCAUGGAUCGGAUGGAUGAGGGACUCGAUGCCAAAAAUGCAACCUUCUACAUAAGCUACAAGUACUCGGACGAUGCUUGGCUCGGUAAGCGUUGUCAUCAUCGCAUUGCUGCAGUUAGAAGAUCAUUUGAUGAGGAUUCGGGAAACUUCAGUCUCGUCGGUGCGAUUCUGCCUAAAGAAGGUGCACAAGAAAGGCCUUUGUUUCCCAAUCUUUUUGGCGUCGAGAACAACUAA